AUGCUGAAACAAUACUUUUUGAUAUUUGCGCUAUCUUUUAUUUUUUAUUCACAAAACUUGUUCGCUGAUUUUGUUUACGAUGAUCGGUAAGUUGGAUUUUCAUAUUUUUUUAAUACGAGUUUUUUUUCGAACAUUUCUGGUUUGAAAAAAUUACAAAAAAUUAUAGAAAUUUUUUUUAUUCAAUAAAAAUGAGAUCUCAAGUAAAAGUAAGUAGCCACCAUUUUUUUUCCAAUUGUCACUUUCACAUAUAUCUUUUUUUUCGAUUAUAAAUUCCACGACAUACUUUUUUUUGCUCAUCCAAUUUAAUAUUUAUAUGAUUCUCCUUGUCCUCCUUCGUCUUCUUUUUUUCCUGUUUGGUAUACUUUUUUGGCUUCGGUCGACCAAAAACAAUACAUUCAAGAAAGUAGGAAAACAAAGUGUUGAAUUACUUUUUUGGAGAGCAGCCAACAAGAGAACCUACGAAUUUUAAAUGGGUAAAUAACAAUACAAAAAUCAUAAGUUUUGAAAAGUGGACUAAAAAAUAAAAUGAAUUUGGAACCACAAAAAAAGCGAAACGAACAUACAUUCUUUCGUUUAUUUUAUUAGUUUUUUUUCGAAUAGGAGCGAAAAAGAAAAUUGGUUUUUUUUCACUUGUUGUCAACAAUUAUUCCCACAACUUCUUAAUAAAUUUUUAGGCCAGCGAUUUUGGAAAACGAUGACGUUUUAUCGAAGACAAGUUGGAAUGAAAUGCUAUUCGAGAAUGAUUUUUGGGGAAAUCCAAUUAAAAAUCCGGGAUCGCAUAAAUCUUGGAGACCUUUGACAACAGCCACAUUUCGGAUUCAGAUGAAAAUUCAUGGCAAGAAUCCAUUUUGGUGAGAUUGAAUUUUUUGUUGGAAAAUAGGGGUUUGAAAAAAAUUUCGUUGGAAAUCAACGUUGCAAAAAAAAUUUCACUGCUGGAAAUCCACAUGACCAAUUUUUCUGGGCCGAUUCGAAUUUUGUAUUCCAAAAACUUUGAAGCAUAACUUUUUUUUUCCAAAUCAGUGGGUCAUUCUAAUGUGUUUUUUCUUUUUUCUCAUCUCAUUUCCAUCAGCAUCCUAUCCUCCUCUUUAUUUUAAUGUAUCCGGUUUAACUCUAUCUUGUUUCUGUUGACCGCGUCGCGAGAAAUGCAAAUUUCCGUCCGUCCGUCCAAAAGUAGUAGUACAUCUGCUCAUAAGUCGACUGACAACCUUGUACUAAAAAGUCGAGAAAAAAGAUGAGCACAAAUUGAAUGCGUUGUCACUUCAGAUUGAGCCAAUUGCAAGAGAUUGAUGAAGUGUAAAAUAAAAAUAUUUUUGUUUUCUUGUUGAAAAAAACAUAGAAAUUUCAAAUUUCUGACAAGUUAGUCUAAAUAUGAUUGAUGUUUUAGAGUUCCAAAAAUAUUUUUCCUCUUUUCUCAUUUUCUAUUCAAAAAAGGUGCACUUUUAAAUCAACCCAACCUUCAGAAUUUCUAAUAUCUUUAAUGAAUUCUGGAUGAAUUUUAAUGCAACAUCCUCUUUGCAUAAAAGAGAAAGAAGAAGAUGUAAUCCAAGAUAAACAUGCCAAAAUGUCAUUAUCCUCGCCUUCUCCUUUUUCUCAAAAGAACGAAAAAGUAGAAGAGCUCUCAGAUUCCAAAAGGGACUCCAAAUAAUUCAAUUAGGAAAUCCGGGAGAUUUUUUGAGUGUUGUUUGUGAGCCAAAAAAAAAGAAUAAAAUGGGACACCAUAAUUUUCUAAUGCAGAGUCAUAUGUUGUUUUGUUUAUAUAACCAUAACUAAUUCUUUUAUAGACCUUCUUUGCCACUUAUUCUAAUUAGAUUAUUUCUGAAAAUUGGGUAAUUGAACCAAUGGUUUGUUAUGUUUUUGGUUUUAAAUGCAAGAUAAAAUCAGAAUCAGGAAAUUAUUGCAAUACAACACACAGGGGACUAUAAAAAUAUGAUUAAUUUGGGUUUCAAAAAUUCUAAAAAAAAAGGGUCAGAUAAAAAUGUCCAAUUUCUUUCCAUUUCAAAGUUUUCAGGUUCCAUUUGUUCAAUAUUCUGCUUCACUCUCUCAACUCAUGUUUGGUGGCAGUUUUGGCAAAGAAAUUAAAAUUGAAUGGUGAGCAGAAAGAGAUUAUAUCAUAUUACUGUUGGAUGAAAUUUGAGACACAAAAACUACUAAAUGGGAUAUUUAAGAAGACAUCUGUGACUAUAUUUAUUAUUCAGAAUCAGACACAAAAUUCUCAUUUUUAAUUUUGAACAAAAUGAGAAAGGGAAAAGUAAAGUUAAUAUUAUUUUGAAAAACAUCAUGUUUCAGAUGCUUCAACCUUCUGCGGACUUUUAUUUGCACUUCAUCCAAUAAAUACCGAAGCUGUUUGUUCAAUUGUAGGAAGAUCAGAUCUUCUCGCAACAUUUUUUGUUCUUCUUGGUCUAAUUUCAGAAAAGGUACUGUACUGGUCAACACUAAUUUCGAAAAAAAAUUAUUUCAGGAUCCAUUGAUUUUCUCGAUUCUUGGAUUGCUUUCCAAGGAAACAUCAAUAAUUCUACUACCAUUGCUCAUAUCAAAACAAUUUCUAACAAAUGGCAAAAAAGAGGUACCUUUUAAUUUUCUUCCUGUUUUUUCCUAUAAGAAUACCGCACAAUGUAAUUAUGACCUGACAAUAAGUGAAAAACUACCUACAGUAAGACAAAAAAGGGAAGACCUUGAAGAUCUUAUGGGAACAAUACUACAAUAGAAAAUGAAUGGGCGCGAGAAUUGGUUGGAUAGAUAAAUAAUACCAUGACACAUAGAAAGGGGCAGCAAAUAUUUUUCGCAUUUUUUUAAAUUUGGGAAUAAGGGAGUCUGUGAAUGGUUUUGGACCAGGGUUACGGGGCUCAUAGAAUUUUUUUUUCAGAAAACACUUCAAUAUUUAUUCUACCUCUCAUUUUUGCUUUAUUUCCGACUAUCAAUCAACAAUUUCGAAUCUCCGAAGUUUUCCAAAUCCGAUAAUCCAAUUGCCUAUGAACCCUCGAUAAUAUGCAGAUUUUUAACAUUUUUAUACCUUCCAUUAUUCCACUUCAUGUUGAUUGUUUUUCCAAAAACUGUAAGUUCCAAAUAUUCAUUCCAACAUUAACAAACCCCCAUUUUUCAGCUUUGUUUUGAUUGGCAAAUUCAACCAAUUCGCUCAUUUUCUGAUUUUCGAAUUUAUGCAUCACUUUCAUUCUACAUUUCAAUUUUAAUAAUUUUCAAAAAAUUGAAAAGUUUCCGAUUCUUAGUGAUACUUUUAUGCAGUCCCCAUAUUAUUUCAUCAAACAUCUUCUCAUAUGUUGGAUUUGUUGCAGCCGAAAGAAUAUUAUAUCUACCUACAGUAGCCUUCGCAAUUAUUUUGGCCAAAUUCAUAACUGCAAAAGGCAAUAGCAAUAGAAGCUGGAUAAUUUUCGUGAUUCUAUCAAUUUAUGGAUCAAGAACAAUUUAUAGAGUUGGAGAAUGGCGAAAUGAGACGGAAUUAUUCAAAAGUGCUCUAUUGAUUAGUCCAUUAAGAGCAAAUGCAAAUCUGGGACAUAUUUUUGCGAUGAAGGGAAAUGAUAUUGAGGCGAGAAAACAUUAUUUGGAAGCAUUGAAAUUACGACCAACAAUGGCUGAUGUUUGGUAUAAUUUGUAAGUUUUUAAAAGUUAUCUUUUAUUUUGAAACUGGAUUUGAUAUAAUAUUUACAUCUGAAUCCUUAUUUGAAGUUAAAAAAUUAAUUUUCAGAGCAAUAUUAACAUCACCAUCUGAUCGUAACUCAUCAAUUCAAUAUAAUCAUCAAGCAAUCAAAAAUCGUGCAAACUUCCCCGCCGCACAUUUAAAUCUCGGACUUCUAUACAGUAAUCCAACCACUGCUUUGAAACAUCUCGAAAUUUGCCAGAAUUCAAAAAGUGAAACAUCAAAAAAUUAUAGAAAUCAGCAAAAAAUUCGAGCAAAAUGCGCGUAUAAUUCGGCAAGAAUAAAUAGAAAAUUGCAAAAAUUCGAGAAAUCAAUUGAAAAUCUUGAAAAAGCGAUGGAUUUGCAGCAGGGAAUAUGGGAAUUAUCACCAAUGAUUUGGAAUUUGUUGGGUGAUUCGUGGACUGAAAUUGGAGAUUAUGAAAAAGCUGAAAAAUAUUUUGAAUUAUCGAUGAGAAUUGAUCCAUUGAGAGUGAAUAGUUUAGUGAAUUGGGCGAAAAUUCGAAUUCGACAAAAUCGAACAAAUGAAGCAAAUCAAUUAUUUGGAAAAGCUUUGGAAUUAGAACCAAAUAGUUCAGAUGUUUUAUUUAAUAUUGGAUGGAGUUCUCAAAAAAUGGUAAGAAAUUCAGAAAUUGAUUGAACUUGGGGAUGAACAAGAAAAUAUUUUCAGGGUGAUUUCAAUCGUUCAAUUUCAUAUUAUCAGAAAGCUUUGAAAACCAAUCCAAAUCAUUUCGAAACUCUCGAGACUUAUGCAAAUCUACUUCAAAAACUUGGAAACUAUUCAGAAUCUGAAAAAUAUUUCGCAAAAAUCGUGGAAAUCCAUCCAGAUGCUGCAAGUUCAUGGACAAAUUAUGGAGCAAUUUUGCAUUUGAAUAGAAAAUACGAGAAAGCUCUGAAAAUGUAUGAGAAAGGAUUGGAAAUCGAACCGGAGAAUCGAAUCUGUCAGCAAAAUCGACGAAAACUAUUGAGAAUUUUAAAAUAA